AUGUCAAUUACAGAUAAUAAUUUGACUACAUCUGAAGGUAAACGUUUAGUGGCAGCAAAAAUUGCUAGUGCUGUUUCAAGUGGAGGUAGUCCAGCAAGAGUAAUUAAUGCAUUUAUACAAGUAAAAGAUUAUCAAGGAUUAGAUAAAUAUUUAAGUAAACAUAAAGUUCCAACUGAUAUAUUAACUGCAUCAUUACAAAGUGCAUGUAUGAGAUCAGAUAGUGAAGCUGUUGGUACAUUUGCAAAACAUGGUGGUAAUGUAAAUCAUACUGAUCAAUUUGGAACUACUUUAUUACAUUUUGCUAUGCGUGGUGGUGGUGAUGAAAAUGUUAUUAAAGCAUUAGUUGCACAUGGAUUAGAAUAUCAUUCAUGGAGAUCUGCAGGAAUGCCUUUAUUACAUUGGUCUUGUAGUACUGGAUUAAUCAAUUUAGUUGAGUAUUUAGUUGAACAUGGAACAGCAUCAUUACAAGAAGCUGAUGAAAAUGGACGUUUACCUAUUCAUGUAGCAGCAGUAUUUGGUCAACCAGUUAUUUUAUCUUAUCUCAUACGUGUUUUAUCUACUCGUCUUCAUCCACUUAACAUUCCAGCUCAAUUUUUAUCUGCAUUGAAUGAAGAUAAUGAAUGUUCUCUGGAAGAGGAAGAAGCUGAAGACAAUGUAAAUAUGAAACAAAAUGAGAACGCAUUUCAUUGUAAACUACCUGAGGCUGCAAACAAUUCUUCAGACAGUUUUAAAACAAGUAUCAUGAAAACGAUUGCAGCUGCAAAUUAUCUCGAUAUGAAUCACUGGACUCCGUUACACCAUGCAAGCUGUGAAGAUGCUGUGAAUUAUUAUUAUGAUUGUAUAAAAAUUCUAUUAGAUAAUGGAGCUGAUCCAAUGUUGCCUACUUCACAAGGAAAAACUGCAUUAGAUUUAGCAUAUGCUGCUGGUAGAUCACAGUUGUUAGUUGAUGUAUUACCAAAGAAACAAUUAAUUGCUUUACUGAUGUUAAUCGAUGAUAUCGUUCCACUGAAAGUGAGAAAACGACUCUCCGAAGAGGAAAAACUAAAAGAACGUACUGGAUUAGGUGGUAUGACAGCUAGUGAACCAUACUCUGUAAUGAGUACCAAAAGAGAACCUAGCCCAGGUUUAAGUGCUGAUAUGCAUAAAAGAUCUCGUAAAGGUUAUUCAUUUAUUCGUCGUUUAGCUGAUAAAAUGGAUACAACCGAUGUUAGCAAAGGUCAGUUCGGAAAUUUCACAAAAACUGUUAAAGUCGAUAGUACAAAUAUAAUGAGCAUAUGGCGUAAGAUUUUAUUAAAUGAUAAUGUAGAAUUAUUAGAAACACUAAGAGACUCUCUAGCCUGGAGACAAAGCAAAUCAAAUACUUCUACACUCCCUACAGAUUUUAGCAAAAUAAGUGAUAGUAUAACGAUGCCUACAGAUCACAUUUCAUUAGAUGAUUUUGAAACUGCGCAACAAAUUAGCCUAAAACAAAUGUCUGAACUAUUUUCUGAUUGUUACGAAAAUGGUACUGGUGUUUUUACACACGUUCAAGGUGCAUUUCAAGAAAACUUAAAAGCGCAUGAUUUUCGAACUGUUCUACAAUCAAUGAGCGGUUUACUUACUUUCAAAUCACUAAGUACCAAUAAAAUUGUGAUUCUUCGUCCAAUGCAUAGAUCAUUGUUAUUCUUAGCAAUUAUUUGUGGACGGUUUCGUGUCGUUGAACAAUUAAUUCGAAUGAGACAAUUCGAUGUUUUACCAGCAGCUGUUUUGGUGACACUUAUUCUUCGUCGACUUCACAAAGAACCUACUUUUCCUCAACAAAUGUUAGGUGAACUGAUCACUUUUGCUGACCGAUUAGAAGCUAUCGCUGUUGAUGUACUCAAUCUAGUUUUUCUUAAAGACAACACUCCAGAAAAAAUGAUAUGUCGUUCAAUGUUGAAUGCACCUUUGCGUACAUUCGGAGGAAUUUCAUUAAUAGAUUUAUGCGCCAAAGCUAAAUGUACUAAUGUAUUAAGCUUAUCUUGCUGUCAAAGACUUCUGGAUGAACGAUGGCACGGGGUUUUGAUUUGUUUGCCUAUAUGGAUGAGAUGGACAUGCAAAUUUUUCCCUGUGGCUGGGCUCUUUUAUUUUGAAUACAGAACGAAAAAAGAACUUAAACGUGCAGAAUUAAUAAGAAAUAUAACAGCCAAUGCAGCAUUAGGUGGUAAAGUGACUCCAAACUUACUCAGUGAUUCAGCAGGUCGUACAGAAUCAAAAUCUACUGGGAAUAUUAUAGCUAAAGUUUUCCCUGCCACACCUCAAUUACCUAACAAUCCAUUAACCAUAAAGCGCACAAAGCCACUGAAAGUUCAGAACACCAUCUCUGUCCAUUCAUCUCAAGGCCCUAAACCACAUGUAAGUAUUUACGAACGUAUGUCAAAUCAAUUUGGAUGGACCUCUUCACCAAGAUUCCAUUUUGUUACAGGAGUUUAUUUGUCACCUUCAAUGAAAUUCUGCCUGCACUCUUUAUUUCAUUUAUUAUUCUUGAUGUUGUUUUCAGUUGUAUGUGUAUAUAAUCUACAUUUUUCCUGUAGUCGAAUGGAAGUAGUUUCUUUAUCUUAUGUAUUGGGUUAUGCAUUUGAAGAGUUAAGACAACUGAUACUUGAAGCAUCUCGAGAUGGAUUCAGUGAUUAUUUUAGAGAUGGUUGGAAUUGGAUCGAUGUGUUUGCAAUUACUUUGACAUUUAUUGGAUUUUGUACAAGAAUGAAUGUGGUAAAUAAACAUGGAUCAGAAUUCGAAGAAGCCCAUGAUGUUAUACUUUAUACAACUCGUAAUCUUUAUAUGCUUGGUCUAAAUCUUUUUUAUAUGAGAACUCUACAUAUUACUUCAAUUUCACCAAUUAUUGGUCCACGACUUAAAAUGAUGGCUGAUAUGUUACGUAAAGAUUUGAUACCAUUAUUAAUAGUAUUUGCAAUUUUCAUAGUCUCUUAUGGAGUAUGGUUUCAAGGAUUAAUAUAUCCAAAUAGUUUUUAUGAAACACAUGGGCAACGUCAAAAUAAGCAUUUAAUGAACAGCACUGAAUUAUCACGUCAACGUGAUAUGCAGAGACUUGGAGUGCUUAUGUCAUUUAGUGAAUUAUUUCGACGCGCCUUCUAUAGUAUAUUUGAAGUGAGCAUUGUUUUAGAAGAAGAGACAUGUGAAGAUAAUAAAUAUUGUGGCAGUGAAUUAGGAUUUAAUACAGUUAUAUUUUUUGUUCUGGUGCUAUACGUUGGAAUUGUUAAUAUUAUCUUAAUCAAUCUACUUAUUGCAUUGUUCAGUAAUACAGUAUCAAGAAUUGAUCAAAAGUCAACAGCACAUUGGUUAGCUGGACGUUAUAAAAUGGUUAAAGAAUAUAGUGAACGAACAUUAUUACCACCACCAUUCAAUACAUUAUGCAUAAUUUAUGAAUUAUUUCGUUGUUUCUACAUUGGUACUAGUCAAUGCUUUUGUAAGGAUAUAAAAUUUCCAUUUGGAAGAAAUAAAAAAUUGUUUAAAACUGAGUCAAAUGAUGACUUGGAGGAACAAGAAAAUGAAUCACCUGAUGAAGAGAAUAGUAAUUUGAAAAAACAUUUAACUAGAGAAAACCAACUAAUUAAAAUUAAAGAAGAGAAUAAUAGACGAAUUAAAUUAUUAAUGGGUGAAUCAGAUGAUCGUGGUAAAUUAUAUAAACAAGAAAUUGACGCCGUAUUAAAAUUCAUUUUAAUACAAAGUUUUGCAUUACAAAAUAGUAGGCACACAUUGGGCACAGGAGUUAGUUUUAGAGGACCAUAUACCAGUCAAAAUACAAGCAGUUCUGAUGGAACAACUAAUAAUGAAAGUAUACAAUUACGUAAUAAUCAAAUAGAUAGUCGAUUAGAACGUAUUGAAGCUAUAUUAGAAAAAGUUGUUGAUCGUGUAAAUCAAAUUAAAAUAACUGAUACAUUAUCCACUCAAGAAACACCAACUAUACGUUCACCUGUUCCUAUACGUAUGCCAUCUGUAAAAUUGACUCAUGCACCUACUGAUGUACAGUUUACAGCUACAAAAAUUCCAACAUCAAAAGAAUUAUUUCAACAACUUAGUGAUGAAUUUCGAAAUGAAACUGAAACAAAUACACAAUCUCUUAGCAGUAAACCACCAUCUAUCAAAAUACAAAAGUCAUUAUAA